AAUCGUUUUUUGGGAGAAGUUCCGCCGGCGGUGUGACGUGCUCAUGACCUCUAGCGGUCACACGUGGGAGCGACGCCGCGGCUCUCCCGUCGAAACGUGUCGCUUCUUUUGGUUUUAGAUGACAACAACGUCACAGAGCCUCCGCCAUGUUGUCUGCAGUUAGAACAUGUAAAUAGACCUUUAUUUAAGACUAUCAAGGCGCACUAAACUAAACUAGUAUUUAAAGAUCCACAACGGUUAUUUUGCCAACAAUUUGAUUAUCUAUCAUUUCUUUGGUAAAAUUGGAAUAAGAACAACUCUUAAAAUAAUAAAGGCAUAAGUCAAGUAUGUUUAAUUACCAGGAAUUUAAGGAAUGUCCCGUGGAGUUUUCCCAAGUGAAAAUCCGGCUCAACCAUUUCCUUUGUGCUGAGACUGUGCAUACAUGACUUGUUCUUUCAAAUUUCACAGAUCAAAGUAGGAGGUAAUAAAUGCUUCAAGCUAGACGUGCAGAAAGUGGAAUAACACGUGACUUCAUACAUCAUUUUGUUUGUGAAAGGAGUACAGUGUCCCUAAAACACUUUAUCAAUAUAUACUAGAUGUUCACAUUCUUGAUAACGAUCGAGGUCACUUUGACUUCUGGAAAAACUUUUUAAACUGUUCGGUGCCAGGUUGUUUAAGGAACAAUGUCUUGCUGAUAAAAGACAGCAUUUUCACAUACGAUUUUAACGGACAUAAUCCUUUGAUGAUUUUUAUGCAUCAUAUUGCAGCUAUUGUGCAGAAUCCUACUAUUUUUAACAAUUAAACACAUUUAAUGAGCAAACACUGCUGAUCAUUUACAGUUGUUGUCUAUUUACAGGAGAAAAAAAAAGGUACAGCAUCCAAGCACUGCAGGCUACUGUAAUUAGAUCAUAAUAGUCAUUAUAGGAUUUGAAUGUAAUCUGGGAUUUGGUGGCUCAGUGCUGAGUGGUGCGGAAACCCAGGAACUAGUCUGCAGUUACCUCGCACACGAAACCAUUUGGUAGCCGGUGGUCCAGACGAGAGGAUGUACAUGUGUUAGAAAGAGAGAUUACUUAUGUAAUCUAGUGCAUAACAGUCUGGUUAUUACAGGUGGAUUUACAUGGAUUAAUUGCCUGCGAGCCGUGAGACGUACACUGUGUUAUUUUCAAGGACCGAGUGUGAUGGCAACAGCAUAACAGCUUAAAACCAGAAAGUAUGCUGGUUAAAUCUUCAUGACAUGCCCUCAUAUAUGUCUUCCAAUGGUAAAGUACAUUUGAGCAAAACAAUGUCCGGCCCUUUUGUGUGAGUGAGCUAAAAUCUUCUGUUUAUAGUUUUAAAAUUGAACAUAUUCAAAGUCAAAUUAAGUGAAAAUAACUCUAUUUGCCAGCUAUCACAUAAACAGCCCCCAAGUGUUUGCAGCGGUACACUCAUGUGAGGUAAGCUCCUCUCAUCACUCGCUCAUUAAUACAGGAUUACAUUUAUUCCCAAUCCCAAACUCACACACACACACACACACAGUCCCCGGGCUCCUCACGGAAGUACACACCCCGUCUGCCAGGGGCCGUAAAUGGUAGCAAGGCAGUCAGGUAGCUGGAGUCUGAGGAGCUUCCCCCUGAUGGAGAGCUGAGGUUCAUCGGGCUGCUAACGGAGGCUUCGCCAGAGGAAAGCGGGGUUUCUGUUCGACGACAGCACACUGCGGCCUGGUAAACACAGCUUUCAUGGCGAUGUUUCCUUGGUCAGCUGUUUUCUCCCUCGAGCCCAAAGUACCCGGCCAGCGCAGCCCGGAGGAGUUGGUAACCAACACCCUGAUGCUGGAGCUGGGGGCCAUGGUGAAGCGCACUGAGCGAAUCCGCCUGGAGCGGGCGACGGAGGGUCGACGCCGCCGUCGCAGCUCCUCCUCCUCAGCGGCCGACUACAGCUGGCUGGCCAGCGCCCCGACCCAGCAGCCCUACGAGCUGACCCCCAACGACCUGCUGGAGCUGCAGGGCCUCUGUGUCAAGGUGCCGCCCGCGCAGUGCGGCCCUCUGAUCGUCAGGUUCCGGCGGCUGGUGUCGGAGAUGGAGCCCGACGUGCACGAGGUGCCGCGCGUGUUCCGCUCGCUGCUGCGCGAGUGCACGGACGAGUCGAGCGGAGGGGAGGACGCGCGGGCGCGGGCCGGCGGCCUCUUCGGGAGGCAGCAGCGCAGCAAGAGCCUGUCGUUCGUCACCUUCCGCAGCAAGUUCCGCACGGGCCAGCUGUUCAGGGGGGGCGGGGGCGGGGGCGGCUCCAGGGGCAACCUGGACCAGCAGGUGGAUUGGUCCGACGAGGAGGACGCCCAAGGGGAGGAGGAGGAGGAGGAGGAGGUGGAGGCCAUCAAGGCCCGGGCGAGGAAGGGAAGGAGCAGGAGCAUGCCGGAGAUCAGCCCCGUGGAGCAGAGUGCCCAGGGGUGAGAGAGAGAGAGUCAGAGGGGGAGGAUGCAGAGAGGAUGAGGGGGGAAAGAGAAGGAGUAAGGGAUGGAGUAAGAGGUGGAGUAGGGAGAUGGCGGCGGCUGAAUAUCAGUAUGGAGAGCAGAGCUUCUUUUUGUCUAUUCAACUCAUCUCUUCUCAUCUGAAGAGAGUUGCUCUUGGCCGCAAGAUUCUGAAACACAGUGUCGACCGCUCCGCGAGGCUGUGAGGUCGUGUCAUGUUUACCACGUUCACCCUCUUAGCUUAGCGUGUGUUCCAAUAUUCUAUAAUUUGCACUACACACAGCGUGAAGCUCUCUAAUGGGAAUGUUACUACUUAUGCACGUAGCUGGACCAAAAGGCACGUGACGGCACUAUUUUGUUGACACGCGGAGCGGAGUGAUCAGGUGUGUGUGGUGUCAGUCUCAGUGCUGUGCUCAUGUUGAACUAAUAAGGUUAGCCAUGAUACAACACUACACAAUUAGAACGUGGAAGUGAAGCAGUUGGUUUGUUAGAAGGUUUGAGGAUCAUUAAAGUCUCUGGGAUGGAUGUUGAGGACCUUGAAUGUCUGGAAUCCAUCCUUGUGUUGGUGUUAAAGAGAUAGAAAUAGCCAGAGCCACACCAGCUUACUGAUUUAAAUGUGUUGCAUGGGGGUUAAGUAGCGAAAAAAUUGUUUGCUUUGUGGACCUUCACAUAACAAAAGCUAAAAAGCACAAAUGCCUGUGAACUGACCCUUUAAAAACAUGUGAUGCAACAGCCAGAUCAGCUGUUAUUUGCAGUAGAUUGUCUUUUUUGUUCGUAUGUAUUGUUUAUCAUUAGUGCAUUUUUUAAGUCUAGAAGCCUUUUUACAAAAGGAAUGCAACCCACCUUACAAGGGACUUUAUUGUAAACGAGAACUAUAUAAAUAUGUCUGGGGCCUAUAAAUAAAUACAAGCACAAUAAGCCUUUCUGCUGUAAUUAUGUUGAAUGUGUCACAAAGCUGCACCUGCUUAGCUCGUCUGAGAGCUAAUCAGAGCCUCCCAGCUAAUUAUAUCGCUGCAGACUAAUCCUCUAAUCCCAAGAAAAUCGCAGCCACGAAUGCCAGCACCCCAUUCUCAUUUUAUUAAUAUGCACUUUAUCAAUACAUCGUUAUCACUAUUUGCACUUUAUACACUGAAGUCAAGGCAUUUGGCUAAAAAAAAAGAACAGACAGGGCAGACAAAAAUAAGAAUGUUGUCUUU